UGAAUUAAUGAUAAAUUAUACUAUUAAAUCAUUAUUUAUACUUUACAGUUAUUACUUUUUAUUUUGUAAAACAUGUAGUAGUUCCAAUCUACUAUAUUUACAUAUCUGAUUUUGUCGGUUCAUCUGUCAUGUCUUGAUAAAAUUUAAUAAAUAUAUGGAAAUGUAAAUUGUACAUACACAUAUCUGCAAUAAAAUGUUUAAACUAAUCCAAAAUCAUCAUUGUUUUAAUAAUCUACUUAGGCAUUCACUGACUAAAAAUGUAUACAGCCAACGUUCAGUAAACUUCAACCACUACAAAAAUAGCCUGUACCGAACGGGCAAAAGUCAGGGCCCUUCAAAUAAAACAAAUUUCACCUUUCCGAAGGUGACAACAAUAUCCUUAACUCUAACAGGUGGUGCUAUUGUACAACUCGCAUUGAACAAAAAAGAUGUGUUCUGCGACAAGAAGAAAACAAGGCUGGCCACAUACCGACACGGAACAGAUAAAGGUGUCGGCUUUAACUGGGCAAAAUUUUGGAGUUACCUUAAACCGCAUCUCUGGUACUUUAUUGCAGCGAUUGCUGGUGCCCUAGUUGUUGCCUUAUUGAACAUACAAAUCCCCCAGUUAAUGGCCGGUGUGAUCAAUGUGAUAGCAAAGUUUAGUGAAACAAAGGACACCGAAUUGUUUGUAAAGGAAAUGAAACUUCCCACAUUGAAAAUUGUAUCCAUGUAUAUUGCACAGAGUGCAUGCACAUUUUUUUACAUUUACAUGCUCUCUAAUCUGGGGGAAAAAAUUGCGUAUCAGAUGAAGACUGAUUUAUUUGCUUCUAUAUUGAAACAAGACAUGGCGUUUUUCGAUAAACAAAGAACUGGGGAAAUAAUUAACAGGCUAACUGCUGAUAUACAAGACUUCAAAAGCAGUUUUAAGCAGACAAUUUCAGGAGGUUUACGGGCUGCAACUCAAAUUAUUGGAUGCUCAGUUUCACUAAUAAUGAUAUCUCCACAAAUGACAUUUAUAACCCUUCUGUGUAUACCAACUGUGAUAGCUGUGGGUACAAUUUUUGGAGCUAUUCUUAGAGCCACAUCUAGAAAAGCUCAAUCACAGGUUGAAAAAACGACAGCUGUAGCAGAUGAAGCUGUUGGCAAUAUAAGGACAGUGAGAGCUUUUGCCAUGGAGGAUCAGGAGAAUGAAUUAUUUGACAGUGAAGCUGAAUUAGCUAUGGAAUACAAUCAGAAUUUGGGAUUUGGUAUUGGAUUAUUUCAAGCUGGCACAAAUAUGUUUUUAAAUAGUAUGGUUUUGUCUACUCUUUAUUUAGGUGGAUACUUAUUAUCAAAUAAUCAGUUAACUGCUGGUGAAGUUAUGUCUUAUUUGAUGGCUUCUCAGACAAUACAAAGGUCACUUGGACAACUAAGCUUACUAUUUGGUUCAGUUAUUAGAGGUAUUGCUUCAGGGGCAAGGGUUUUUGAGUACAUAGAUUUGAAGCCCUCAAUGAACUUGAAAGGUGGCAAAAUUAUUCCUGAUGAAGAAUUAACGGGCAACAUUGAAUUCAAAAACGUUAAAUUUGCCUAUCCUACCAGGCCACAACAGAUAAUCUUGGACAAUUUUAAUUUAACGAUACCCUCAGGAAGAACUGUGGCAAUUGUGGGUGCUUCUGGUAAUGGUAAAUCCACAGUGGUAGCAUUGCUUGAAAGGUUUUAUGAUAUUCAAGGUGGAUCCAUUACAAUUGACGGUUACGAUGUCAGAAAUUUGGAUCCGUCUUGGUUGAGAAAGAAAGCCCUUGGUCUAAUUAGUCAAGAACCUAUUUUAUUUGGAACAUCCAUCAUAGAAAAUAUUAGGUAUGGAAGACCAGAUGCCACAGAUGAAGAGAUAAGAGAAGCUGCUCAAAUGGCAAAUGCAGAUGAAUUUAUAUCAAAAUUCCCUAACGGUUAUGAUACCCUAGUUGGUGAAAGGGGUGCAACACUAUCAGGAGGCCAGAAGCAAAGAAUUGCAAUAGCUAGAGCAUUGUUGAAAGAUCCGUGCAUAUUAUUAUUGGAUGAGGCAACCAGUGCCCUAGACACGGAAUCUGAAAAAAUUGUUCAAGUGGCCUUAGAAAAAGCCCGGAAAGGCAGGACAGUUAUUGUUAUUGCCCACAGAUUGUCUACUAUACAGAAUGCCGAUUUAAUUGUUGUUUUAAAUAAAGGGAAGAUUGUCGAGAUGGGAACACAUGACGAUUUAAAGAAACUGAAAGGAUAUUAUUGGUCUCUUACUUAUCAACAGCAACAAACUCCAGCUGGAGGCUAAAAUUUAUUAUGUACUUGGCAUUUUUUGUUGAAAUAUACAUUUGUUUUCCCUA